AUGCCCGCCCAUCAGAUCGUGCGCUACUCCUUCUUCGCCGUUAAGGAGGCCUUUGGCUUCACACCCGUGCCUCUUCUCUGGCUCAGGUACAACGCACCCCAUGCGCACCCCAUGCGCCUCCAUGCUCGCACCCCCUGCUCCUCGCACUCCCUGCCCCUCGCACCCUCUGCCCCUCGCACUCCCUGCCCCUCGCACCCUGGUCCAUUUCACGUUCCCCACCCACCCCUCGACCAUCUCCGCAUUCCUUGCCUCCUCCCUCUUCCCUCCCCCGCACUCCCCACUCCAUUUCUCCCUUCUCCUGACCUGACCUGCUUGCACCACUGGUUGCUCGCCCUUGUGCUGCACCCUUCACCCACCCACCUGCACCCCACCCAUGCUGCUGUGAACCCCGUCUUACUCCGCCAUUUCCCUUCCCCCUCCGCCAUUUCCAUUCCCCCUCCGCAGUUACCCUUCCCCCUCCGCCAUUUCCCUUCCCGCUCCGCCGUUUCCCUUCUUCCUCCGCCAUUCCCUUCCACCUACGCCAUUUCACUUCCACCUACGCCAUUUCCCUUCCCCUUCCGCCAUUUCCCUUCCCCCUCCGCCAUCUCCCUUCCCCCUCCGCCGUUUCCCUUCCCCCUCCGCCAUCUCCCUUCCCCCUCCGCCGUUUCCCUUCCCCCUCCGCAGUUACCCUUCCCCCUCCGCCAUUUCCCUUCCCCCUCCACCGUUUCUCUUCCCCCUCCGCCAUUUCCCUUCCACCUACGCCAUUUCCCUUCCCCUUCCGCCAUUUCCCUUCCCCCUCCGCCAUCUCCUUUCCCCCUCCCCCGUUUCCCUUCCCCCUCCGCCAUUUCCCUUCCCCCUCCGCCAUCUCCCUCCACCCUCUGCCAUCUCCCUUCCCCCCCCGCCAUCUCCCUUCCCCCUCCGCCAUUUCGCUUCCCCUUUUUCCCGUCCUGCAUAUCCCUGCGCGUACAGCAUGUUCUGUGUGCUCUCUCUACCCCUCGAGCAUCACCAUCCAUGCCGCUGACUCCUUUCUCACUUCCAUGUCUCUUGCCCGCCCCCCUCCCUCCCUGUGCUGCAAGCAUCAGGUACAGCAUGUUCUAUGUGCUCUACCCUUCGGGCAUCACCAGCGAAGUGGGACUCGCCUUCUUCGCCCUGGCCUACCUCAAGGUCCGCCCCUCCCUCUCUUUCUCGCUCGCCCUGCUGCAUGUGUCUUCCUGCUGCAUGUGUCUCCUACUCAGUGUCUAUGCACUGUUCCUCACGGUAUUUUCACACACCUGCCCUGUGUUUCUCCACCACUCACUUUCUCUGUGUCUAUACCUGUAA